AUGGGCAAAUCUCAUAGCAAACUGUCUCCGGAGCAACUCGCAGAUCUACAGAAGAACACCUAUUUCGAUAAGAGAGAGCUACAACAAUGGUAUAAGGGCUUUCUCAAAGAUUGUCCAUCCGGCCAGCUGGACAAGACUGAAUUCAGUCGUAUAUAUAAACAAUUCUUUCCAUUCGGGGAUCCAGCAGACUUUGCAGACUACGUCUUCAACGUAUUUGACGAGAAUAAAAAUGGUACUAUUGACUUCAAGGAGUUCAUCUGUGCUCUCAGUGUCACAAGUCGCGGCCGAUUAGACGAGAAGCUCAAGUGGGCGUUUCAGUUAUACGAUAUAGACAAAGAUGGUUUCAUCACCUACGAUGAGAUGCUGCAGAUCGUAACGUCCAUAUACAAGAUGACUGGACAAAUGGUCAAGCUCCCUGCCGACGAAGAUACUCCCGAAAAGCGAGUGAAUAAGAUCUUCAGGAAUAUGGACCGAAACAAGGACGCACAGCUUACGUACGAUGAAUUUGUCGAAGGCAGUAAGCAAGACCCGACCAUCGUUCAGGCAUUAUCGCUAUACGAUGGUCUCGUAUGAUCAUGAUGUUGGCAUUUGUGCAAGCGGAUUGAUUUUACUUGUCAACCACCACUGAUUCAUUUCCACAGCUAAAUUUUCCUCCUAAUAUACUUUUCAUGUUGUAUUCCAGAUGAUGAUCUUGUGGUCAAUCGGCUCACGGAAAUCAAGAUCAAGCCUUUCGCACACCAUACUUUACUCUACGCUAUGGCCAGAUCUGUCUACCUUCAUCGAUGUAGCGGUAGACCAGGCUCCGGUAUCGCAUAUUUUUAUUCGCAUCUCAAGGCUAGAAUCUUGCAUAGCCACGUGAUAAUCAACU